GAAACUUUUUUUUUUUCUCGUAAAAGGAGAGAGAAAGACAAAAAAAUCCCCUGAUCGAGGAGCUGAUGCAUCGACAGGGUCGGAGUGUAUCCGCCCGCCGAAAUCCCGAAAUGCUGUAGAAGUAUCGUAGUACCAGCAAAGGAAACGUCAAACUGCCAACUGGACCCAGCCGAGCCGAAUCCGAUGAUGACCCAAGCCACGACACGCGCUCUCUCACAUCCCGGCGACCCAGCUAUUAUUCCCUUUCCCUACUCUCACGCCCUCCUCAUGCGUCCCGGCGCGUCAUCGCCGAACCCAAUCCCCACACCACCCCUCUUUUACUAUCUUCCAAUCCCUAAAAAAUCCAAUCGCCAAAAUCCGAUACCACCACGACCUACCCUCCGAUGAUGGGCGACCUCACCGACCCCUCCACCACCACUCCUUCCUCUGCCACCCCUAAUUCCCGUCCAUUGCCUGUCCGUGAAGACUGCUGGUCGGAAGAGGCCACUUCCACCCUCGUUGACGCCUGGGGCCGCCGGUAUCUCGAGCUCAACCGCGGCAACCUUCGUCAGAAGGACUGGCAAGAUGUUGCUGAUGUGGUCAACGCCCUCCAUGGCCAUACCAAGAAGACGCACCGCACGGAUGUUCAGUGCAAGAAUCGGAUCGAUACCAUUAAGAAGAAGUACAAGAUGGAGAAGGCUCGGUUCGCCUCCUCUAACGGAACCUUAACGUCGUCGUGGCCGUUCUUUGACCGUAUGGAUUCUCUGAUUGGAUCUAACUAUGGCCCGAAGAAACCGUCGCCGUCUCGGAAGCUCUCCCCGAAACCGUCGCCGAGAUUGUCACCGAGGAUUCCUGGGUCGCCCCCUGUGGCGCUGCCGCUCCCGCUGCCGUACAGGAGGACGCCGACGUCUGCAGCCGUGGUUACUCUGCCCCAGAAGAGGGGACUGGCGUCCGUGGACGAUGGGUAUUUUAGAAGAAAUUAUUCUGCACUUGCUGCAGCUGCUGCAGCAGCAGAGAGUGAAGAGGAGGAAGGAGGUGAGAGCGAGGGGGACCAAAUUGAUCAAGGCGAAGGGGAAGAAAAGGAUGGGAUGAGGAAAUUGGCGAAAGUGAUAGAGAGGUUUGGAGAGGUGUAUGAAAGGAUAGAAGGGGAGAAGCUGAGACAGAUGGUAGAAUUGGAGAAGCAGAGGAUGCAGUUUUCUAAGGAUUUGGAGGUCCAGAGGAUGAGGAUGUUCAUGGACACACAGGUGCAGCUGGAGAGGAUCAAGCGGGGGAAACGCUCGGGGUCAAGUGAUAUUUAUAGCUAACUAUGGGGGAGAGCUUCAACUGUUUUUUUUGGGUGGCAAGAACGUGAAGAAUAUUGAAUUUAUAUACUUCCCUUAAAGUACAAAUAGUUCCAGUUGAUUCUGCCCUUGAAAUUACAUGAAGUUGGCAGAUAACAUGCCAGAGUUCAAAAUUGCUUCCGCAUUCCCGUUCCCCCUUUUUUCUGAGGGGGAAAAAUAGAACUCAAUGUAUAACUUAAAUCAGCUCAGGGCUUAAUCUGGCUCAACUCUUAUGUUCAGUAAUGAGACUCUCCCCAACUCGGAUUAGAUUUUGCAAGUCUUAUUUUUCUUGCAAUGUUAAUGUAUAAGAUUAGUUGUGUUCCAAACUUCAUUCCCAUUUCCCAGCUAAAUUUAUGAU